UUUAUAUUCAACGAGAGUAAUUUACAACGAGUUAUUUAAAUUAUUACGAAAUGUUUUACAGUAUUCGGUUAUCGGAGAUACAUCAAAGUUAACGAUGAAAUAUCUCUUUUGUUUAUUGCGAGCAAAAUAACGCUAGGGAGACACGGUUAUCCUCGUAAACGGUGGUACCUCGCAGAUACACGAUUACAUGAGUGAACAAAGACAAUAAAAUAGAGGAAGAAAGAAAGUGAAGUUAUAGGACAGUAGAAGGAAUGCGUCGAAAUCAGCCAUAAUUCUCUCAGGCUGUUGAUUUAAACAGAAAUAGACAUAAAAUGUUUGAACCCACAGAACAGGGAAAGGAUCUGUGCAUUCAUACGGGAGUGGUAUUACGAAAUGCAAGUACAAGGGAAGAUGAAUUUCACAGUCUAGGCACGUUAAAUAUUGUUGAGUAUAGUUUUGGAAAAUGCAUAGAAUGGAAACCUAUAGAGGACUCUGUUGUGUUAGAAAAUCAAGAUCAAGAUCCAGAAUGGUCUCUGGUAGAUACUCAUGUCAGACAUACCCGUUCUUCGUCAGAAGGUCCAGAUUCCUUUGGGCGUACAAGGAUUGUUAGAAUUUUGUUCUCGGAUUUAAAUUCCUUUCGUGUAAAUCAUGGGGGGCAACAGCUUAUAUUUAUGCAAAAGGAUGGUACCACCUAUGUUGCCUUCUUUCAGCUGUCUAAUGCUGAAAGUUUUAUAAAUUCCUUGAGAGGAUUUAUUAAAUUUGUAAAAUCUCGAACAAAUAAAAAUUUGUACAUCGUAGUGGAUGAAGUUCAAUCGGUUUUGAGUAAAUCAUUUGCCGAAUUAGACAUAUUUCAAGAAAAUACAUCAGAUUAUGUAUGGAAAUUUGUAAAGAACUUACACAACCGUCCAUAUGAAACAACAUUGGAAGCAUUUAGUAAAUUUGCAGAUAUUUUGUUAUACAAGGAUCCAGUUAAACGCCCAGUUAAAGAAGCAGUUGCAGAUAUAUUAAACAAUUCUUUCUCAAUCGAUGUUCCUCCUCCACAAUUAUCUGUGGGUUCUGGUGAGGACUACGAAGUGAUCGGGGAACAUGAAUUGUGUAUAGAAUUACCUCCAAGACCAACUUGUUCAAGAGGUACUCCACUGUCGCAAGAACAGUGGAACAAAUAUAAGGACCGAGAGGGAAGAAUUUUAAAUCCUCAAGAAGUAAAAGAAGUUAUUUUUCGUGGGGGUAUUAUACCAUCUUUACGUUUCGAAGUAUGGAAAUUUCUAUUGAACUACUAUCCAUGGAAUUCUACUCAUAUCGAAAGAUUAGAACUUAAAAAAAAGAAGACUGAUGAAUACUUUAUGAUGAAAUUACAAUGGAGGUCUAUGACAUCUGUACAAGAAAAUAAUUUCUCUGAUUACCGGGAUCGAAAGAGUUUAAUAGAAAAGGACGUAAAUAGAACGGAUAGAACGCAUCCAUACUACUCGGGCGAUAACAAUCCACAUUUAGCACAAUUGUACGAUAUUCUAAUGACUUAUGUAAUGUACAAUUUUGAUUUGGGAUACGUUCAAGGUAUGAGCGAUCUUCUGAGUCCUAUCUUAUGCUUAGUGGAAAGCGAGGUUGAUGCGUUUUGGUGCUUCGUUGGAUUUAUGGACAAAGUGAGUACCAAUUUCGAAAUCGAUCAAGCUGGAAUGAAAGCCCAAUUGUGCCAAUUAUAUACUCUCUUGAAUGCCACAGAUCCACAAUUAGCACAUUACUUGAAUAAACAUGAUUCAGGAAAUAUGUUUUUCUGUUUUCGUUGGCUCCUGGUUUUAUUUAAAAGAGAGUUCAACACGAUCGACAUAAUGAAGUUAUGGGAAAUAUUGUGGACUGAUUUACCAUGCAAAAAUUUCCAUCUGCUUUUGUGCGUAGCCAUUUUAGAUACGGAAAGGAACGUGCUUAUGGAAAAUCGUUAUGGGCUCACAGAAAUAUUAAAGCAUAUAAAUGAUCUUUCACAUCAUAUCGAAUUACCUUGGACAUUAUCUAAAGCAGAGGGUAUUUAUUAUCAAUUAAUGUCCGUUGCGGAUCGAUUGCCCGACAAUGUUCGUGUAAUAAUUGGGCUAGAGCCGUUAAAUAAAACGUCAUUGGUUAGUGAUAUAGAAAAUGGUGAAGCUUCUGGUCAUAAUAUUGAAGUUGAUGAAGGUAGUGCUAAUCGAAGAAGAAAUAGUACAGAUAGUGGGAAUAUUAAGUUCGGAAGUGACGAAGUAUCGUUUGAACGUGGAUUACAUUUAUCGUACAUGUGAGAACAGAAUCGAUCGUUCAUCAUACUCUGAAGAACGUUGUGCACCAACGUGUUGUUCAUCACAGUCAAUUUUGUAAGAUUUGUUACUUUUGUAGUCACAACAUUUGUUUGUGCAGGAACAACAUUCGUAAUCACAGCCUUCAAAGUGAACGUAUAUACAUAGUUUGUUGAAACUAUAAAGCGAUGCUGUUCUGUAUCCCAACGAACUUUACCUUGCGCAAAUGACUUUGUAUUUUAUUUAUCAAAUCAUUUCGAUC